AUGUCGAAGCAGACAAUUCCUCGGUUGGAAUUAUUAUCAAGUCUUCUAGCAUCCCGGUUAACUGAAAGCGUGAAGAAAGCCUUGAAUGACGUCAAGAGAAUCAAUUCAGUCACCUAUUGGUCUGAUUCAACUGUAGUGCUUAGUUGGAUACGAAAUUCUAACAAAGAAUUCAAACAAUUUGUUGAAAACCGAUUAUUAGAGAUAAUAACACUGGCACCCCCCGAAUUAUGGAAGUAUGUACCUACCAAACAAAACCCAGCAGACAUUGCAUCCCGAGGAACAACAGCAACCCAGCUUGUAGAAAACAAAUUGUGGUGGAAUGGUCCUGAAUUUUUAAUAAAGUCUAAUGAACAUUGGCCAUCCCAACCUUCCAAUUCCCAAGAGGACGAUUCCGAGUUAAAAUCUCCGCGAGUAAGCGUUAAUACAUCAAUCGUUAAUGUCGCACAAAUUCCAAAUAUCGUGGAAUUGAUGAAUACCUCAGAAUACAGCACUAUUGGAAGAUUACUUCGAGUUACAGCGUAUGUCCUACGUUUUAUUAACAAUCUCAAGAAACGCGUAGAGAGUCUUGAUACCACGGUUGGACAGAUUACCUGUGAGGAAAUAGACAGCGCAGAACUGAAAUGGAUUAAAGACAUUCAGCAUCCAAUGUCCAAACAAGCAAAUUAUCGGAAAGUAAAGGAGUCCUUAAACUUGUUCGAAGAUAAAGAGAACAUUAUACGAUGCCAUGGACGAAUACAAGAAUCACCCUUACCCCAUGAUACGAAAUUCCCUAUCCUUUUACCAAGUGACCACUAUUUUACAAAAUUAGUUGUUCUUCGAAGUCACGAACAAGUCAUGCACAAUGGAGUUCGAGAAACCCUAACGCAAGUUCGAUCCAAGUAUUGGAUAACAAAGGGUCGCCAAGUCGUGAAAAAGAUCCUUUCGAAAUGUACCAUUUGUCGAAGAUUAGAAGGCCCACCUUACGGGAACCCAGAAGCGCCACCCUUACCCGAGUUCCGUUUGAGCAACGAUUUUGCCUUUUCCAAGAUCGGCGUCGAUUACGCAGGUCCAAUGUACGUGAAGGACAUAUACAGUCAAUCGAAAGAUAUGCACAAGGUUUACAUAUCCUUGUACACCUGUUCAAGCAGUAGAGCCUUACAUUUGGAUUUAGUUCCAGAUAUGUCAAGCGAAGCAUUCGUUAGAAGUUUAGAGCGAUUUAUCGGAAGACGUGGAAUCCCCGCACUGAUCAUUUCAGACAAUGGAAAAACAUUUAAAGGUCAAGAAAUUAGAGCUUUUAUCGCCUCCAAGAACAUUAAAUGGCGAUAUAUUGUGGAAAAAUCCCUUUUAUGAAAGAAUGGUACGAAGGGUCAAGAGAUGUCUGAAGAAAGUCUUGCGCAAUGCUAGACUUACUUACGAAGAACUUCUGACAUUAUUGAUUCGAGUAGAAGGAGUUUUGAACUCUAGACCACUAACUUAUGUAUAUCCAGAUCGAGAUGAACCAUUAACACCGUCACAUUUAGUGUUAGGUAAACGAAUACUUACGGUUCCAGCGCAAGGAGAGUUCGACGUAGAAGACGAAGGAAGAAACGAACUGUUGAAGAGAGACAAGUAUCUUAAGAAUGUUCUUGAACAUUUUUGGAAAAGAUGGAAAUCGGACUAUUUAACGCAGUUGCGCGAACAUCAUCAACCAAGAAAGAAAGACGGCCCAGAAGUUAAAGUCGGAGAUGUCGUUCUGACACAGGAAGACAACGUUAAAAGAUUAAAUUGGCCCAUCGCGGUGAUAGAAAGUUUACUUAAGGGGAGAGACGGAAACGUUCGAGCUGCAACAGUAAGAAUGUUCAAUAAAGCCGGAAAACUCGCGACAACUAGAAGAGCGGUACAGAGACUAUAUCCAGUUGAAGUGAAAGACAGCAAACUUGAACAUGAAGAUACAAAUGAGUUUCCAAUCACCUUUGUUGAAAGAGCAAAUGCAGAAAACAUGGACUGAAACUGUAUGUACUGAAAUAAUUUUAUUGGUUUUGUUUAGUUAAUUGACAGAUAUAUUUCUGAUCUGUCAAGGUGGGGAGUAUGUAUGAUUAUCGUGGAACGAGACAGUCUCGCGCGAUUCACGCGUGACGUGAAACACAUGUUUUGAGAGUGUAGAGUUUCGAUUUGAGAACAGAACUUGAAAAUAUUGAGCACAACGUUUAUUUAUGUAAAUUUCUUUAUUAUUAUUAUUAUUCCUCAACUUUUUAUACGAGUGAAGAUCUUAAUUUACAACACUAUACAUAGCUACAACAAAACCCAGUCUAAUGGAGUUUCAUUUUUGUUGUUUUAGAUACUGGGCUACCAGUUGCAAUUUCAAUUUCAAUUGGAGGGCAAGGUUCGUAAAUAACUUUUAAGAUUCUUUUCUUUAUGAUAUACAUUUCUCAAAUUCAUUAAUAAUUAUCCAGCGUGGCCAGCUUUAUAUUCUGUAUGUUUCACUUUAUGGUGACAAAAUAGUUUUACAUGUUCAGUUGUGAAUUUAUUUUCUCGCAGAAUAGUUGCCUGACACGGACAUAUAUACUAUUUAAUUUACAUAUACGGAUUUAGAUUUGAAUAUCCUGCGUGUGUAAUAUUACUUUUAUUUUGAAAAUAAAUAUUUUAUUCAAUAAAACAUUUCAAAAUUUGUCCACAUGGGUUGGGGGAUUGGACAAGAUUAGUCAGGUCAACCCGCCUCAGGGGGUCGGGCAAUAGUUAAGUAUUGAUAUAUUAAAAAUCUAUGUCUCCACAUUUCCCCGAGGUUCGGGGGGGGGGAGGGGGGGUUACAAUUGACAAGGGGACAAAUAUAUAUGUUAUAAGUUCUUUGUAUGAUUGCAUGGCGAUAAAAUAUAUAACACUUUUUGUUUGUGGAAACACCACGUAAAUUUACUACUGCAAAGCUUUCAAUCCGUAAGCCGGAAACAUAGAAACGGCGCAAAAAGUUUGCGAAAGGAGAGAGUUUUUGGUCCGAACCAAACAGGUACACGCUGUAAAACGAAUCGAGAUUUUGAAGAAACAAGGUUCGCAAGUUAAUGGCUCUGCCAUUUCUCCAGCAACUCAAAUUGCCCCAAUGUUCAACCAACUGGAAAAACAGGACACAACCACCAGACUUCAAAGUUUUGUCCAGUAUAUUUCCAAAAGAUGGAUUAAAGGAUGAACUUGGCCACCAUCCAGCUGGAGUGUUUUUAAAGAAGAAAUCCGCACCAAUAAUCACAUCGAAGGGUGGCAUAAUGCGAAGAAAACGUCGUGCUGCUGGGAAAAGAAACCUGCAAUUCUACCUGAUGAUCAUCUUACUGCACAAAGAAGCAAGACUGACAUCUCCACAGAUCAGGUUGGUGUCACAGGACAUAUCACGAACGAAAGACGUUAGGAAAAGUUAUAAUAAAUUUUCCAAGGCUCUUACGGACAGGUGCAAAGGGGGUCAGCUUUGCUAUAAUAUAGAGGGAACUUAG